CUCCUCCAGGCAGGAGGAGGAGGAGUGGCUUCACUUCCGCUUGAAUGCGACACAUCCGAGCGCAGCCCAGUCUUGAUCGGCGUGUGCGAAGUAGGUACAGCAGAUCUUCGCUUUGUUACCUAAACGUUUUUUUUUUGACUCGUUUUUUGACGACGGUCGAGGACGAAGGAAACCAAGAAUAAAAUCUUGAAGCUGUAAAGUGUCUACAUGGCCGUCAGAAGAGGACACAUAAGGUAUUUAAAAGUUUGUGAGGUUCAGAACCAGGGUAAUGACAGAGACUCACACAAGGGUGCCAGCUCAGUAAAGCAGGAAGUAUACGAUAUGCCGAACGGUUACGAGGACCACAUGGGUGAUGAGCCUAGUGAUGCCAAAACCAACCUGAUUGUCAACUACCUGCCCCAGAACAUGAGUCAGGAGGAGCUCCGGAGUCUCUUCAGCAGCAUUGGCGAGGUUGAGUCGGCCAAACUCAUAAGAGACAAGAUGGCAGGCCACAGUUUAGGGUACGGAUUUGUUAACUAUGUUAACCCUAGUGAUGCAGAAAGGGCAAUCAAUACACUCAAUGGCCUGAGACUACAGUCUAAAACUAUCAAGGUCUCGUAUGCCCGGCCAAGCUCUGACAGCAUCAAAGAUGCCAACCUUUACAUCAGCGGUUUACCCAAGACCAUGACACAGAAGGAUGUAGAGGACAUGUUUACCCAGUAUGGUCGUAUAAUAAACUCGCGUGUAUUGGUCGAUCAGGCCUCAGGUCUGUCACGUGGCGUUGCAUUCAUUCGUUUUGAUAAGAGGUCUGAAGCGGAGGAAGCCAUCAAAGAUCUUAAUGGAUCCAAACCAGUUGGUGCCUCUGAACCAAUCACAGUGAAGUUUGCUGCCAAUCCAAACCAGACCAAGAAUUCCCAGCUGCUCUCUCAGCUCUACAACACUCAGUCCCGUCGGUUUGGAGGGCCUGUUCACCACCAGGCACAGCGCUUCAGGUUUUCACCCAUGAGUGUUGACCAUAUGAGCGGUGUCUCUGGUAUGAAUGUGGCAGGAAGUUCUUCCUCUGGAUGGUGUAUCUUUAUCUAUAAUUUGGGUCAAGAUGCAGACGAAGGCAUCCUGUGGCAAAUGUUUGGUCCGUUCGGUGCUGUUACCAACGUCAAGGUCAUCCGUGACUUUAACACCAACAAAUGCAAAGGGUUUGGUUUUGUUACCAUGACAAAUUACGAGGAGGCAGCAAUGGCCAUUGCCAGCCUGAAUGGAUACCGCUUGGGAGACAAAGUUCUACAAGUGUCAUUCAAAUCCAGCAAGUCUCACAAGUAAAGGGACUUUAUUUUUGUCAUGAGAAUUUGAAAGUUAAUUGAGGUUUCUUCUAAAGGUUUCAGUUAUUGUUGACUCUCUACAUAAGCAUACUCAUACAUCCAUGUUUGGGGUGAAAUACAUUUGUGCUAGUGUUUUACUAUGGGGUUAAGCAAAAGCUAGAAAUUUGCAAAAGUGAUUUGUCCCUGAUGACUGGCAUUUGUGAAACCCUGGACACACAUUUGAGGAUCCUUUUUUUUUUUUUUUUUUUUUUUUUUUUUUUUUUU